UGUAUAGCGAGAGAUAUACUAAUUUAUAAAUUAAAUGCAUAAUAAGUUAUCAUUUUUUAGUUAAAUCAAUUAUGAAUUCUUUGUUAAUACUCAUAUUCUUGGUCUCGACUUUGAUUUAUAGUACGAUCGGAUCUGUCGGUCAAUUCACUAUCGAUUCAAAUACGAAUCAAUUCAUCAAAGAUGGCCAACCAUUCCGUUACGUCUCGGGAGCUCUUCACUACUUUAAAGUGCCGGCAGUUCUUUGGUUGGAUCGGAUGGUCAAGUAUAAGAUGGCGGGACUUAAUGUCAUACAAACGUAUUUC